AUGAGCCUCCCUAAAGCAAUACAAACAGAUUUAAUAUUGCCUUCUCAAAAUGAAUUACCUGUAAUGAGAGAUACAAACAUAAAUUUACCCGAAUUUCCUUUUCUUCCCAGUCAAUUUACUGAAAUAUGAGAACCCGAAGAUACAAUGACAGCAGAAAUGUGCACGCUUUCAUUCAUCCAAACAAUGCACCGUAAGUUCGAAAUGGUAUUAGAAAUUAAUUUCCCAAUAAGCCAGCGAACGAGGAGAAGCCUGCCUUCCGAAUUAGAAGAAGACUUAGCCAUCGAAUUUGCCUGCAAUUUCAAUUUUCAAAUCAAAAGAACUUUCACAGACCUAAAUUUUGUAAGUUUUCAGAAAAGUGCAAAAAUCUAA